GGGGGCAUCAGAGCACAACACUACAAACGUCAAGUAUUUUGAAUUUAUGAAUGUCCAAUUCGUAAACUUAUAUUUUUCUGUGUAAAACUAAUGUAUUUGUGAUAAAACUCGAUUAUAAUGUCUUCAUCAGAUUCAGAUGAUGAUUGCUAUGGAAACAUAGCUGAGAAACUCCAGUCAAUUAAAAACAACUUAGCAAAACAGAGCGUUGAAACUGCUGCUGCGAACAAGACAACUGACAUCGGUCCAAGUACCUCAACGUUACCGAAAACUGAAGAAUUACCGACAGUAAUUGUUGAGGAAGACUUAAACAGCACGGUCAACAAUACGGACAAUGAAUACACGUUAGACGCGAUUAUAGCCAGAAACACGAAGGCGAAAUCGAAGCGAGGCCGUGGAGGUAAGCGCAAAACUUCGAGCGAUAGUUGUGGACCCAGUAAGAGGACUACGAGGACUUCAGAGCGAGCUAGAAGUUCUGCCAGCCAGAGUACUAGCAACUCUAAUGAAGAUAGGACCAGUCCCGUGCCUGAGAUUGUGGAACCAGAGACUUUUACUGCUCCGGAACUACGUGAUGUUCCUACAACUUCAAGAAGGGGUCGACGUGCCGCCAGAGGUCGGUCUAACCGUGGUAGAGGCAGGGGAGAGUCCUCGAGACAACGGGGACGCAGUGCAAGAGAUGAGAUACUAGAAUUAUUCAAUGAUUUUUUCUCCCGAGACAGACGUGCUCCAUCUACUUCUAAUAACUAUCCUAUAUUUAGCGUUGGUAAUACCGAUGAGUAUCCGGACCAAUGCGAUAAUCAGCCGCUGUUCUCGUCCAACGUACAACGUCCGAGCAAUGACGUUGAAAUAGUAGACACGGAUCCUCUAGACGAUGAAAAUGAAGAAAUGUCGGUUAAAGUCUACUGGAGAAGCUUAGAAAUAUUUAAGUUUAAAAUAAGGAAGUACCAAAAAUUAACUCAAAUAUUUAAUUAUUUUACGGAAAAAGAGGGCGUCAGUAGCAAUAAACUGCUUUUUACUUAUAACGAUAAGAUUUUGAAAAUGGACGAUACACCGGACUCUAUAAACUACAGUAUCGCUAAAUUUAUCGAUGGAGGUAUCGUUAAUCAGGACUUAAGUGACUUAUUAGCGGAGAAUAAUGAAAAUAAGGAAUCGAAUGGCUUUAAAUUAAAAUUUCAAUGCCAAAAUAGGAAAAAACCGUUUGAAACGUCUAUGAAUCCUCACGAAAAAUUAAUGUCCGCCAUGAUAAAAUGUGCAGAGCAUUUAGAAACUCCUUUGGAGAAACUAAAAUUUUAUUUUGAUGGAGAUUUAAUAUCCAGUAAAAACACACCUCAAGAUCUGGAAUUGGAGGGCGGAGAGUGUAUAGAUGUUAAGAUAUGUAGCUGAUACACAAAUAAACAUGUAAUUAUAUUUCUACACCAACAAUUUGUUCUAUUAUUAGUAUAGUAAUAAGGAUUGUUUAUUUGUAAUGCUUUCAAAGAAAGACGGCCAAUUUCAAUGAAAUACUCGGCGAUAGAUUAUAAUACCCAAUUUUAUUUAAAGCCCAGUUUCACUAGUUACCGAUAAAGUGUCAAUUACUUAACGAAUAAUUAAUCUAUACUAAUAUUAUAAAGCUGAAGAGUUUGUUUUUUUGAACGCGCUAAUCUCAGGAACUACUGGUCCGAUUUGAAAAAUUCUUUCAGUGUUAGAUAGCCCAUUUAUCGAAGAAGGCUAUAGGCUUUGUAUCCGGCAGAAGCUAGUGCAGCUUAUAAUUUUUGCCAGGUAUUGCUAUCCGGGAUCUGUGAAGCCAAUAGUCAUAGUUUAUCUGUCAGAUAAGUUCCUGAUAUGCUCUCAGAGAAGUUAUCAGUAACCAAUGAAACUGGCUAUAAAUAUUAAAAGUAUGUAAUGAAUAUAAUCUUCUACAAAACGCCAUCUAGUGCCGAAAUAAAUGGAACUUAUGAUAACAGUUGCCUUCUUUAUUAAUUCCUAUAAUAAAGAAUAAAAUAUGUG